CACACCUGCCCAUCACCACCACCACCCUUUGAAGCCUACGCAAGUCGCACGCUACGAGCAUUAUCCAGCACAUCUCAUCUCCAACUAUGUCGAGCCAGGACCCCCCAUAUGACCCCUACAUCCCCAGCGGCGGCGCUGGCGGACAGCAGGGCGGCCAGAAUGGCAACCACCGCACAGCUGCGCUCCAAGCGGAAAUCGACAGCACCGUUGGCAUCAUGCGGGACAACAUCAACAAGGUCUCUGAGCGAGGAGCCCGCCUCGACUCGCUACAAGACAAGACGGACAACCUUGCCGUAUCCGCCCAAGGCUUCCGAAGGGGCGCCAACCGCGUGCGCAAGCAGAUGUGGUGGAAGGACAUGAAGAUGCGCAUGUGCCUGAUUGUUGGCAUCAUCAUCCUGCUCAUCGUCAUUAUUGUCCCUUCUGUCGUUGCCACGCAAAAGAACUAAACCACCCACACGAGAUACCACGAAUCAUACACAUUAAUAAUUGCGCGGAUGGGGGGAGGUUGUCAAGCCAUUGGGGAAGGGGACGAAUGGCUACGAGCUGCACUACGAUCAACGACAUGGGUCACUGUAGGAUGUGUCUUGAGCAUUCCAGUCUUUUUUUGCAUUCCGACGGUCGUGCUGCAAUCACGGAAAGCCCUUUUGCAUGGAACGCUCCGCCCCUGUUACGAUAUACCACGAGAGCCCAAGUUCCAAGCAUGGUCGUCAGACGAGCAAACGGAG